AUGUCACAGUCUGCUGCUGCCUACGCCGCCCUCAUUCUCGCUGACGCCGAGGUCGAGAUCACCGCCGACAAGCUCAACACCAUCCUCUCUGAGGCCGGUGUUGAGGGUCUUGAGCCCAUCUGGGUUGACCUGUUCGCCAAGGCCGUCGCCAAGAAGGACCUGAACGAGCUGCUCACCGCUUUCAACGUCGGUUCCGCCCCUGCCGGUGCCGUUGCUGCUGCCGGUGGUGCCGCCACUGCUUCCGGUGACGCCGCCGCUGAGGAGGAGAAGGUUGAGGAGAAGGAGGAGUCCGAUGAUGACAUGGGCUUCGGUCUCUUCGACUAA